AUGCGUGCAAACUUGGUCGCCUUGGUCGCUGCGACUGCAGUCGCAUGCAGCAGCGCGGCCCCUCUUCAGCUCAAUGAUCCGGGCUUGACCUCAUCUGCGCCAUCAACAUCGGUCGAGAGAGAUAUCUAUCCAAGGUCCCAUGCCCCUUUCAAGCAGAUCGGACAGUUUUCGCUCAGCGACUACAUCGUUUCCGGACAAGCUGUCUGUGGAACUGCGCCAUUCGAUUCUGGCCUUGAGUACCAGGUUCACAUCGGUCGCGAUUUCGUCAAUGGCCAAGGCUGUGAUGCGGUCUAUGCAACCAUGCGUGAACAUAUCAGCAAUGCCAAUAAAUCCGAAAUCCUCAAACGCGAAGAGUACAAAUGCACCGGGGAUGGUUAUGGUCAGACCAUGCUCAUGUUCAAGGUGUACGGUGCGACCUACGACACCCCAGAAUUACUAUACGAAGUCAUCGAAGGCUUGGACCAGGCGUAUCCGGGAGUGCCAUUCAUAGCAGAGCGAAUCUGCCUCUCUGAUGGUGUAUUGGCUUCUCCGGCGUGGUCUUGUGCAGGUCGGACCUGCUUGCCCCAAAAUACCCGGCGCCAGGACACUCGUCAGAGCUCUCCUGCACGUCGAGAUGAGGUCAACCCAUGGGGUCAGCAGUGGGCUCCUGCUAGGAUGCCGGUCACUGCUGAAGAUCCAUUGCACAUGUUUGUCGCAGAGACUACCUUCUCAGGCGUGGUUGGCUAUGAGCUACAGAUCAAUCGUCCCUACGAGCUACACACUGUCUGCGAGUACUUCUUAGGCACUCUGCAGCAGGCUGCCGAGAUCAAUGAAUGGGGCUGCAGGGCAGACCCGUUCGGUGGUACGCAGCUCAAGUUCACCGCUCGUCUUCCGAGCUACGAUCUCUGCCAGCCAGGUGUCUACGACAAGAUCAAUCAAGCAUUCCCAGACGUUGGAAUCCUCGAAAAGCGCCCCGGCUGGUCUGGAGAUUGCGAGGUGCCAAGCUACUGGCCACACUCGACCUAUCCAAGCACUCCGAUCAUUCCACGAGGAACAUUUUCUUGA